UAAAAUCUUUGAUAAAUCUUGAAUUGUUUGUCGCAAAAUAUCUUUACGAGAUGUCGAAGGAAUCUACCAAAAAGGUGGUCCAUACCAUAUUAAGGUCAUGGAAGCUCCUACUUGGUGUUUUGAUUCCCAUCCUCUUGCUUCCUCUCCCUUUAAUUAUACAGAAAGAUGAAGCAAAAUGUGGUUAUGUGGUAUUAUUAAUGGCAUCAUAUUUUACCUUCGAGCCGAUACCACUCGCUGCAACGGCCUUUAUUCCCGUGUUUCUCUUUCCAAUUUUAGGAAUUUUAGGCACCGAAGAAGUCUGUUACACUUAUAUGAAGGCUACCAUAAUGAUGUACCUCGGUAGUUUACUCCUGGCUGCUGCGGUUGAACAUUCGCAACUUCAUAGAAGAAUUGCAUGGAGAGUGCUUAUGCUCAUCGGUACAGGACCCAGAUGGUUGAUGUUGGGAUUUUUAAUAACCACGACAUUCCUUUCCAUGUGGAUAACCAAUACUGCAGCUACGGCCAUGUUAGUUCCGAUUGUAGAAGCUGUGGUUUCCGAAUUGGAAACCGAAUUAAAAUACCAAGAAAAAAUUCGCUCCAGCAUGGAACGAGUAUCCAUCAUAACCAUUCAAAGCAUUAAUCUUCAGGGAACGAAAUUUAGUCUCACCGAAAGUACAACUCAACGACCUUCAAUAAUAAAUAAUCCAAAAAAGCUGGAAAAAACUACAUCGAAUUUGCGAAAAGCUCUGUUUCUGAGCGUUGCCUAUGCUGCAAACUGCGGAGGAACGGGAACUUUAAUCGGAAGUGGUCCAAAUUUAGUUUUCAAAGGUGUUUUAGAAGAUUCUUUUCCAAAUUACACUUCUUUGACAUUUGGUACGUGGAUGUUAUAUAAUGUUCCCGUGAUGCUCAUAUGGAUCAUACUCUGUUGGAUACUUCUGCAGAUUUAUUACAUCCCAUUUCGUAAAACUGAUCAAAAUUCAGGAGAAUCUAAAGAAGUUAUUAGAAAUGUAAUCAUUAGAAAUUAUGAAAAAUUAGGAUCAAUGAGUUUUCACGAAUUUGCAGUUAUGGCAUUGUUUCUUUUACUCGUUUUCUUAUGGAUUAUGCGUGAUCCUCCAUAUCUUCUCGGCUGGGCCAGACUAAUCAACUCUGGAGUGAAAAUAAAAGAUGCUACACCUUCUAUCGCAGUGGCCAUGCUUCUUUUCUUGAUUCCUGCUAAACCUACCCAACUUUCUACGAGUCCUCCCUUACUAGACUGGAAAACUGCUCAAGCCAAAGUGCCAUGGGGCGUAUUGAUAUUGCUAGGUGGUGGAUUAGCUUUAGCAGAAGGAGCAAAGGAAUCUGGUCUGUCUGUCUGGCUUGGAAAUCAAUUGGUUUAUCUGAAGUACUUAUCUAUUGAUGGAGCAAUUAUAGUCUUGUGUAUCUUCACAGCUGCUCUUACUGAAGUUAUCAGCAAUAUGUCUAUGGCUACAAUUAUGUUACCUGUUGCAAAUCAAAUGGCCGCAGUGUUAAAGGUUCAUCCUAUUCUUAUAAUGUUGCCUGUGACGAUUUCUUGCUCUCUUGCAUUUAUGUUACCAGUCGGUAAUCCCUCAAAUGCUAUAGUGUAUGAGAAUACAGGAAUGACCACGCCAGAAAUGGCUAAACCUGGAUUCAUUUUCAAAAUUCUCUGCUGUGGAGUUGAAUUAUUAAUGAUUAACACAUUUGGAGUGCAUGUAUUUCACCUGCACAGUCAUUGGAAUUGGGAAAAUUCAACUGUGUCAAGUAUGGCAACAACUUAUGUGCCUCCUCUUAAUCUAUCAACUGUUAUCUGAUAAAAUUUUAAAAUCUACUAAAAGACAAUUUUUAUUAUACUUUAUAUCUGAUAAACAUAAAUUAAGAAAUUCUGUAAAAAUAUUUGUCUAAUGAAUGGGAAAUUAUGAAUAUUUUACUCUCGUGUGUGCAUAGUUCUGAAUGAAUCUAAAUCCAUACCGCUGGUAGCGUCUAAUGAAAGACAUUUGACAUAAUGAGGGAUUUAUGCAUAAAAUAAGCUGAUUCAAUUACCAAACAUUUUACAAUUUUCCUAGAAAUAGUUAAUUUUAAUGUCAAGUUACAUUUGAAUAUGUCAUAGUAGUUUUAAUUAUAUUUUUGGCAGAAGCAUAUAUGCACAUAGUGCAAGGAACUACUGUCUACAAAUGUAUCAGUGCAUAAACAAGAGAGAUUUUUCUCUAUAAUAUGGUAAAUUAUUUUGAUCCAAACUCUUCCCUUCCACAUGUAUCAUAGUUAUAAUUAAGAAUAUUUGACAGAAUAAUUUGUAUUUACCAAUUAUGGCACAGCUUGCCUUUAUGGCUUGUGCCAAAAAACACCAACCAACCAUAUUCUAUCAAAAUACAUUUUUAAAUCCCUUGCUUUAAAGAAUGCACUUUGAUACACACUUAGUUUCUUACCAUGAAAAGAACCAUGAUCUACAUAGCAGGAUUUCUAUUUUAUAUGCUGACAUAUUAAUAAUCUUUACUUUGUUUCAUCUCACAUAAAUUUAGAAUCAUGUCCUUUAUUUCAAUAAAAGGAUUUUCAAACUACAUUUAUCAACUACAUAAAGUGUUUUGUUACUCAAAUGAAAAUCAAAAAUUUGAUGUAUUAUUUUGGCUCCUAAAAGAUUAGAACUUUUAAGUAUAACAAAAUUAUAUUUGAAAACAAAUAUCUUAAUUUACAGUUUAAAUAUAAAUUACAAAACUAAUCUAAUUUAAAUUUCAAAUUUUCUGAAUGUCAUCUUAUUUAUAAAUACUGAUUAUUAUUAAAUAAAAAUUUUCAAUACAAAUUUCCUAUCAUUAUCAAAUAGCUAUACUGUUUACAACUGACUUUGUAUAAAAUUUUGUAUGCAGUAU